UGUCUCCCGCAACAUGGUUUCAAUCGAGUAGAAGGGCCAUCGAUUUACCAAGAUCACUCGACAGUUUUUCCCUAAAAACUUGACAAGUUGCCAUGGAACCAGAGACCUCACCCUCACGCGACCCCCGUCUGGCUCGCCCUUUCAGACCAACUGCUGCCCGCACAUUGUCCGAGACUCACUCGCGACUCAGUGCACAGCAAUUAAGCACCCACUCGGUCAAUGAACGGAAUACUUCCAAUCCCGACCACCUAAUACGCGGUUUCUCCGACCUGGUCCAAGCCGCAAUCCUCGCUGCCAAUAGCAAGUCGGAGAGAGAUCGAUUACAGAAAAGAAAGGAGGCUACCGCGACAUUAUGCACAAAAGCCAAAAGCGUCAACAGUUUUCCAUCGACCGCGGCUUUCUUCCAAAAAUCUCAAGCAGAUGAGGACACGGAGCUCACACGUGUCUCGGAGGCCCUCAAGAGGCAUAAUGCUACUUACCAACAGCGCGAAAAUGCUUUGCGGCUCACACUCGGCUCGUCCGUCUUCGAUACGAGUAGAUCCGAACAGACUAAGCACUUGCAGCGCGAGGUUCAGACAGCAAGAAGCGAUUUGGGCAGCGCCAGGGCUGAGAUCACCAAGCUGCGAGACUAUAAUGUGACUUUAGAGCACAAACUAAAAGAGCUCCAAGACCGCGUGACCCGGACAGAGAAAGCUUCUUGGGACUAUGCAAGCACGUUAAAAAGGCAUGCAGAUCAUAAUACGGAAACUAAUGAGCGCAUUGCGCACCUCAGCUCAGCUUUGAACAAACAAUCAGAUUCAUUUCCUCCGAAAGAUCAGAUGGAUAAAUCACUAUCCUCAAUCUUUGAUGUGGGCGGUAGACUGGAGUCUCUUGAGACCAAGAACAAACAAGACAUAGAGGAGUAUCGGGACUUGCUGGAUAAUCUGCGUCGCGACUAUGACGAGAAGUUUGUCCGUUUUCUGGCGGACCAAAUGGCGCGCUAUAACUCUCAUUUGGAUUCCGUGGAAAAUAGGCUUGCACAGAGCUCGGCACUCAGCGAAAAAACCCAGCUGCAACAGAUUCAAGACACUAAAUAUCAUAGUCUUACCGAGCGGAUGGACAAGCUUCAGGAAUUACAGGCAAUGAAAGAUGAUCUUGCGAUGUCUGAAAUGGAAGAGCUCAAAACCCACCUGAAAACCCACCUGGAACAAAGCAAGGUAGAUAUUUCCACGAUCAAAAGUGAGAACAGCCAACUCUGUGACGAACUCAAGAUUUUCCUCAACAAAGACAAAUCAAAUUCGGAUGGACAAAUCACAGCACUCGAGACAGCACUGCAUACCGCAGAGCAGAACUUGGAGAGUGUCAAAAUAGGCCUACAUUCACUUGAGAUGCGCUACAACAACCUGUCAACUGGGCCUCUAGUUAGGAGUAUGGCACAGGCUAUGCAAGAAAUGUACCCCGGCGCAGCACAGAUGAUAGACAGGAUGAAGCUGCUAACAAAGCACUUCGAGCAACGGUUACCUCAACUUGAUGCGAGGGUAGAGAAUUUGGAAAAGGACCUGGGUUCUCGGUCAAACAGUACCUUCCAAAAACAGAAUCACCUAGCUCAGCAAGUCGAGACCUUGGUCAAGCAACAUGAGGCUUUGUCGCAGUCGCUGGCGCCUUUGCCAAAUCCAUCCACCGGAGAAAUCUCGAGCACGAAUGUUUUGUCAGGCCGUCUGCGAGCGGUGCAAGAUGAAGUCAAGGAGCUUGCAUCUACCGUCAGCAGUUAUAUAGAAUCAAGGAAAAUGGAGGACGAAUUGUUGGUCCAGAAAAUGGAAGAAGAGCGAGAUUCUCUGAGAAGUCAGAGCCAAGUUCUCACCGAGGAAUUGGCGAGUUUAAGCGCACAAGUCACGGAAGUACAUGAGACCAUGAGAGCCGAUAUCAAAAGGUUGAAGUCUUAUCCUUCUGACCUCCAGACUCAUCAAUGGGAUCUCCGGCAGCUCGAACAAGCCACGACGGCUAAAUGGGAAGAUUUGGAGGCGAAGGUCAAAAAACUGGAAGAGUCUGCGAAUCGAUUCCUACCUAUCCGCGAAGGCUCGGAAACAUCGUCUCAGCCACUACUUCCUGCCGUACCAAAUUCGGUGCAGGGCUCGGGCAGUUCAGUAGGCUCAGUGCGGGACAGGAAGCGACCUCGUGUAUCUGCGGUCUCUGACGGUGAAAGAGGAAGUCAGUCACGCGCAAGCUCGCCGUAUUCCUUCUCAUCCCAGGUUGGGUUGGACUCAACACCGAAUUCUGAGAGCAGGAAAGGGCCCAAGAAAGCCAAGAAGAAACGCCGGCGGCAGAUUGAGGAGGCUAUUGUUAUCGACUAAGUUGGAAGGGACCAGACCAGACAGUCGCAGGUGCCUUACCACCUUACCAUCAUGGCUCGACGACGGCUCUCAGCGCUUCAGCUUAUAAUGAAUGUGACAAAUGCAGCCCCCACCGACUUUUGAUUUUCGCUGGAUAC